UGACUGAAAUUGCAAAACUACUCCAAAAAAAGUGGAAGAAAUCAUGUUGAGUUGGUCUCUUUUCUUGGUAACAAGUAAAAUAAAUUUAUUCUGAUGUAUCGUACAAGUACAUUUGGUAUAAUAAGGAGGAUGGACUUAUCACAGAUUCAUGAAUUGUCACCGUAAUAGUUGUAAGAAAUACCUGAGUCCAAAACAGUUGUAAGAAAUACUUCCUCUCACAGCGCAGGGUCACCAUGGCCAGUAAGUCAUGGACUCCGUGGUGAAGAGUCUGGAGCAAGAGAAUAUCCGGAAGAUGCAGGGGCUCCUGUUCCGGUGCAGCGCAGGCUGUUGUGAGGACAACCAGGCAUCCAUGCAGCAGGUUCACCAGUGCAUCGAGCGCUGCCAUGUGCCUCUGGUCCAAGCCCAGGCCUUGGUGACCAAUGAGCUAGAGAAGUUCCAGGACUGCCUGGCCCGGUGCACCACGCAUUGCAAUGACAAAGCCAAAGAUUCCAUAGACGCAGGGAGCAAGGAGCCUCAGGGGAAGCGGCAGCCGGACAGUUGCGUGUCCAGGUACAUGGAUGACCACGUGCACCUGAUCCUGACUAUGACCAGGAAGAUGAAAGAAUCACUGUCAUCUUUGGGGAAAUAAAAGUCCUUGCCAGUGACCUUUGAAGCUGAGGGC